UUUUGUUUCAGCUGCUGAAGAGCCACCGGCUGAGGAAGAGACGCUCAGAGCCGCACCGCCAUCAGCGCGUUAAAUCAGCACUAAACCCGCAUUAAAACACCGGGCCGAGCCUCCCGUUAUCAUCCGAAAGGAAAAGGAACCGUGUCGUAUGUCCGCUAUCCAGAACCUCCAAACUUUUGACCCCUUUGCUGAUGCAACUAAGGGUGAUGAUCGGCUCCCAGCAGGGACUGAGGACUACAUCCACAUAAGAAUCCAGCAGAGGAACGGCAGGAAGACUCUGACCACAGUGCAGGGCAUCGCCGACGACUAUGACAAGAAGAAGCUAGUCAAGGCCUUCAAGAAGAAGUUUGCAUGCAAUGGGACAGUGAUUGAACACCCUGAGUAUGGUGAAGUGAUCCAGCUGCAGGGAGACCAGCGCAAAAACAUCUGCCAGUUCCUCACAGAGAUUGAACUGGCCAAAGAGGAGCAGCUCAAAGUCCACGGUUUCUAGAAGCUUCUUUUACCCUCCCCUUACCCUCUCCUUCUCCCCUUCCUCUACUAAUCAACCCUUACACCCCCCACCCCACCCCCCUUUAUACCCCCUCCUCCUGCCCCAAUACCCCGCCCCCCUCCCUUAGAGGUAUGACGGAGUUGACGACUCUGGCUCCUGAUGGGAGACGCUGCUCCAACAUGGCUUCCUCACAGCUCAGACGGCUGACGCCCAGCUGAUUUUCUUUCUCUCUCUCUUUCCUUUUUAGUUAAUCGUGUGCUUUUCAUCUUUGUUUUGUACAACAUGUUUCAAUAAAAAUCCUCAGAUGCGACAUCA